AUGGAAGAAAGACUCACGAAAAAAGAGGCAAAGCACUGGCUAAAAUGUAUGUUUGCAACAUACAAGACCAGGGAUGCACGAGAAGAAGUUAAUGAACUACGACACCUACAGGACACGGAAAUAUGUGAUGGGGAUAUGAUCAGCUUCUUCGAUUGUCUUUUAAAUCUCCUUCAUGAUCCUGCACACCUUAAUAGUUUUAAGCCGGCAAUUGAUGCACGCACUUACCUUAAACAGCUUCAGCAAGACACUAUGCCCUUAUCCAAAAAGGCGGUGACUAGCACGUUGAAAAACAUCUAUGAGGACCGAAUGGAUGAGUUCCGUGGAAGGUUAAUAGAGUUCUAUACGACGACGAAGGAAACAGUGUCCAUUUCACCCUUAUGGGAAGGUCUUGACAAAUCCAUCUGGGAUGUCUAUGUGCAGCCGAAAUUGAGCCAAGUUACAGUUGAGAGAGAUGGAUCUCGAACGAAAACAGAAAACGUUGUUCAUCAGUACAAAGACUUAUUUUACAAAGAUGAAAAGCUCAAUAGCCGUGUAUUUGUUCAAGGAGAACCCGGAAUGGGGAAGACAACAUUCCUUACUAAACUGGCGCUAGACUGGUGUGAUGCAGUGUCUGUGCACAAUCCUGAUCACAAAGCUACAUUUAGUGACGUCGACACUUUGAAAGAGUUUCGGUUUCUCUUUCAAAUAUCACUAAGAGAUGCAAAGGACCAGCGUGAGGUUAUAGAGAUGAUCAAAACACAAAUAAUAGAUAUGGUUUACAUUGGUUAUAAACGUGAAGAGACCGUUAAGCUUUUAUCACAAAUCCUAGAACGAGAGACAUACAUCAUAACUAUUGAUGGGCUUAAUGAAUGGGUUGAUCGAUUGAAUAAAUGCGUUAUACCCUUACUUGCACGAUGUCAUGCAAAGUGCGUGUAUGUAAUAACAUCAAGGCCAUGGAAAAUGGCGGAUGAGAGAAUUAAAAAUUCUGAAAUUAACAGUUUAAUAGAAAUCGAAGGAAUUAUUGAUUCAGAAGAACUAACCAAGCAAAUAAUACAAACUAUCCAAACUGGUGAUGCAAAUGCACACACUGAAUUCAUGAAGUACGUUAACGAACGUCAAUUGAGGAAUUUGUUAACGUCACCCUGGCUGCAAACUCUGUUAGUCAAUUUGUGGAUGAACAAGAUGACAUUUAAAGGUUCCUUGUGUGAACUUAAUUGUAUUCUACUGGACAUACUUUUUAAGAAUGCACAUGCUGAAAAGGGAUAUUUUCAAACAGGGAAUUCGUUUCCGUGUUUAUCAAAUACACGUUUUAUUCAACGGCAAAUUGAUAUUUUUGAUGCGCUUGCGAAUGUUGCGUUUAAUUUUACGUUUUCGUCGACCAAAUGCCUAGUAUUCAACGAACGGUCUUUAUUGAACUACAUGUCAAAAGAUCAGUUGGAAUUCUGCCUCCAUGCUGGUGUAAUAACAAAAAGAUACAGCUCCGCCAUUGGGGAUCAGUAUGCACAGUUUUCAUUUAUACACGAGACAGUGCAGGAAUUCAUGGCUGCCUAUUAUAUCGCACGUUCAAAGCUAGACCUUAUGACACAUUUCCGAACCGAAUCUAAAUAUAAUGUGUUAGAAAUAAGCCAGACAAUAAUUUACCUAUGUGGACUUGACUGUAAAAUAGCAAAUAAACUGAUAAACUGUUUAGCUGACGUGGAGUUCCUUAAUGACAUAAGCCACGGACUGAGCAUGUACGUUAACGGAUUUCUACCUGAAGAACAAUUAUUGGCUUUUCAGACAGACAAUAGCACACAGAAAAACGUUUUAAAAUCAAAACAUAGUCAAAUGGAUGUGGACAAACGUUGCCUCGCACUAUCAGUCUUAUUCCAGCGCAUGUUAAUUGCUGGAUAUAUUGAAGCAAAGGCGAGCGGCGAGAAGGAAAUUUGCCUGAAUUGUAGGGACUUUACUUUUAAUAAAUAUCUGAUUGAGUCGGAUUCAAAUGCAUUAAAGGAACUUUUAUUGUCAAACAAUUCAGAUGUUCGGUCACUUAUUUUAAAAAGUAAUGUAAUGCAAAAAAGCGAUAUAGUAAACAUUAUACAGCUAUCAAAACGUAGUCUUACACGUGUAAUGAUGACAGUGACUCCGGAAAUUAAUAAAGCCUUAUUUCAUACGAGCAUACAGGAGCUACAUUAUAUGGGGAAGAUUGACGUAUCAUCAUUUUCCUGUGUACUUCCGUCCCUGUCGCAAUUAACGUUUUUAAGAAUUGAAGAAUCAACUUUUCCGGAAGACAUAGUUCUUCCAGACACAAUACAACGUAUUCUUUUGUUGAAAUGUACAUGCACUGCUGUGUUUCUACGACGGUUACUAGUGCGCUUAUCGUCAUUAAAACACGAUGUUAUUUUUCACUCUUCUAAUCUGAAUGUAACUGAUUACAACACGCACCUAUUUCAGACAGAGUUAUUGUCCAGUGAUUUGAAAAAUAUCAUCCUACAUGUGAGAGACGGCAAAAGAUAUCUGUACAAUUUGAUGGAAAGUACAUCUAUACGGAUCCUAAGCCUUACAUCAGCUGAUGAUGCCUCAUUAGCAUCAGAUAUUCUUCACACGCUCAACAAGCUAACAACGCUCUAUUUGCGGGGGAUCUAUACGGGUCGAUGUGAUCUCAAACUGCCCGCUUCAUUGCAGUGUAUUAGUCUGGAGAAAGUCGAAUGUUCAUCUGAGUGGCUGAGCAGCUUGUUGAUCACGCUCUCUUCAUUAGAUCAUCCUGUCGAGUGUCAGCUGCGGCAUGUCGUAUUGCAGUCUAGUGGAGACACCAUUGUAGACGAAUCACAUACACAUAUAUCGGACUUACGAUCUGAAAUACUGUCAAAUGACAUGUCCAAUAUCAAGAUACUGGUGAUAAAUGGCAGUAAAGAAUUGUUUGAAAUAUUACGUGAUACAAGUAUAGGGAUCCUAGAUCUCAGAACGGCUGAUAGUGCCUCAUUAGCAUCAGAGAUGCUUCACACGCUCAACAAGCUAACAAAGCUCUAUUUGUGGGGGACCUAUACGGGUCGAUGUGAUCUCAAGUUGCCUGCUUCAUUACAGUGUAUUAGUCUACAGGAAUGCGAAUGUUCACCUGAGUGGCUGUGCAGCUUGUGGAUCACGCUCUCUUCAUUAGAUCAUCCUGUCGAGUGUGAGCUGCGGGAUGUUGUAUUGCAGUAUAGUGGAGACACCCUUGGAGACGAAUUACAUACACAUGUAUCGGGCUUGCGAUCUGAAAUACUGUCAAAUGACAUGUCCAAUAUCAAGAUACUGGUGAUAAAUGGCAGUACAGAAUUGUUUGAAAUAUUACGUGAUACAAGUAUAGGGAUCCUAGAUCUCAGAACGGCUGAUAGUGCCUCAUUAGCAUCAGAGAUUCUUCACACGCUCAACAAGCUAACAAAGCUCUAUUUGUGGGGGACCUAUACGGGUCGAUGUGAUCUCAAGUUGCCUGCUUCAUUGCAGUGUAUUAGUCUGGUAAGAGGCGAAUGUUCAUCUGAGUGGCUGUGCAGCUUGUUGAUCACGCUUUCUUCAUUAGAUCAUCCUGUCGAGUGUCAGCUGCGGCAUGUCGUAUUGCAGUCUAGUGGAGACACCCUUGGAGACGAAUUCAAUACACAUGUAUCGGACUUACGAUCUGAAAUACUGUCAAAUGACAUGUCUAAUAUCAAGAUACUGGUGAAAAAUGGCAGUAAAGAAUUGUUUGAAAUACUACGUGAUACAAGUAUAGGAAUGAUAGCUCUCAGAACGGCUGAUAGUGUCUUAUUAGCUUCAGAGAUUCUUCACACGCUCUACAAGCUAACAACGCUCUAUUUGUGGGGGACCUAUACGGGUCGAUGUGAUCUCAAGAUUCCUGCUUCAUUGCAGUGUAUUAGUCUGCAGAAAUGCGAAUGUUCAUCUAAGUGGCUGUGCAGCUUGUUGAUCACGCUGUCUUCAUUCGAGCAUCAUGUCAAGUGUGAGCUGUUGGAUGUUGUAUUGCAGUCUAGUGGAGACACCCUUGGAGACGAAUUACAUACACAUGUAUCGGGCUUGCGAUCUGAAAUACUGUCAAAUGACAUGUCCAAUAUCAAGAUACUGGUGAUAAAUGGCAGUAAAGAAUUGUUUGAAAUAUUACGUGAUACAAGUAUAGGAAUGAUAGCUCUCAGAACGGCUGAUAGUGCCUCAUUAGCAUCAGAGAUUCUUCACACGCUCUACAAGCUAACAACGCUCUAUUUGUGGGGGACCUAUACGGGUCGAUGUGAUCUCAAGUUGCCUGCUUCAUUGCAGUGUAUUAGUCUGGUAAGAGGCGAAUGUUCAUCUGAGUGGCUGUGCAGCUUGUUGAUCACGCUCUCUUCAUUAGAUCAUCCUGUCGAGUGUGAGCUGUGGGAUGUUGUAUUGCAGUCUAGUGGAGACACCCUUGGAGACGAAUUACAUACACAUGUAUCGGGCUUGCGAUCUGAAAUACUGUCAAAUGACAUGUCCAAUAUCAAGAUACUGGUGAUAAAUGGCAGUAAAUAAUUGUUUGAAAUAUUACGUGAUACAAGUAUAGGGAUCCUAGAUCUCAGAACGGCUGAUAGUGCCUCAUUAGCAUCAGAGAUUCUUCACACACUCAACAAGCUAACAAAGCUCUAUUUGUGGGGGACCUAUACGGGUCGAUGUGAUCUCAAGAUUCCUGCUUCAUUGCAGUGUAUUAGUCUGGUAAGAGGCGAAUGUUCAUCUGAGUGGCUGUGCAGCUUGUGGAUCACGCUCUCUUCAUUAGAUCAUCAUGUCGAGUGUGUGCUGUGUGAUGUUGAAUUGCAUUCAAGUGAAGAAACCCGUGGAGACAAAUCACAUACAUAUGUAUCGGACUUACGAUCUGAAAUACUUUCAUAUGACAUGUCAAAUAUUAUGAUUAUAGUGUACAAGGUCAGUAAGGAACUGUUGGAAAUAUUACGUGAUACAAGUAUAGGGAUUCUAGUCAAGAGAACAGCUGAUUGUGUCUCAUAAGUAUCAGAGAUUCUUUACACGCUCAGCAGAUUUACACAGCUCUGUAUGUGUGGGACCUUUACGGAUCGAUGUGAUUUUAAGUUGCCUGCUUCAUUGCAGUCUAUAUGUCUUUGGAAAUUCGAAUGUUCAUCUGACUGGCUAUGUAGCUUGUUGAGCACGCUCUCUUUAUUGCAACAUCCUGUCAAGUGUGAGCUGGGUGAUGUUGUAUUGCAGUCUAGUGAAGAGAGCCGUAUAGACGAAUCGCUUACACAUGUAUCGAAUUUGCGAUCAGAAAUACUGUCGGAUGACAUGUUCGACAUUGCAAUAUAAGUACACACUGGCAGUGUUGAACUGUUUGAAAUAUUACGAAAUACAAGGUUAGGGAUUCUAGACCUGAGAACGGCUGAUUGUGCCUCAUUAGCAUUAGAGAUUCUCCACACGCUGAACAGGCUUACGUGGCUGUAAUUGUGGGGGACCUAUACAGGUCGAUGUGAUCUCAAGCCGUCAGCUUCAUUGCAGUAUAUUAGUCUGCAGAAAGUCGAAUGUUCAUCUGAGUGGCUAUGUAUCGUGUUGAUCACGCUCUCUUUAUUAGAUCAUCCUGUCAAGUGUGAAUUGUGUUAUGUUGUAUUUCAGUCAAGUGAAGAAACUCGUGGGGACGAAUCACAUAUACAUGUAUCGUACUAACGGUCAGAAAUGCUUUCACAUUUGUGGACAAGGUCAGUAAGGAAUUGUUUGAAAUAUUACGUGAUACAAGUAUAGGGAUUCUAGACCUGAGAACGGCUGAUUGUGCCUCAUUAGCAUCAGAGAUUCUGUACACACUGAACAGGCUUACAGAGCUGUAUUUGUGUGGAACCUAUACAGGUCGAUGUGAUCUCAAGCUGCCUGCGUCAUUGUAGUGUAUUAGUCUUCAGAAAAUCUAAUGUUCAAGUGGCUAUGUAGCUUGUUGAUCACGCUCUCUUUAUUAGAUCAUCCUGUCAAGUGUAAGCUGUAUGAUGUUGUAUUGUAGUCAAGUGAAGAACCCCGAAGAGACGAAUCACAUACAUGUACACAUGUAUUGGACUAACGAUCUGAAAUACUUUCACAUGACUUGUCAAAUAUUAUGAUAUUGGUGGACAAGUUCAGUAUUAUUCUGUUUGAAAUAUUACAUGAUACAAGUAUAUGGAUUCUACAACUGAGAACGGCUGAUUGUGCCUCAUUAGCAUCAGAGAUUCUGCGAACGCUGAACAGGUUUACGUGGCUGUAUUUGUGCGGGACAUAUACAGGUCGAUGUGAUCUCAAGCUGCCUGCUUCAUUGGAGAGUAUAAGUCUGCAGAAAUUCGAAUGUUCAUCUGAGUGGCUAUGCAGCUUAUUGAUCACGCUCUCUUUAUUAGAUCAUCCUGUCAAGUGUGAGCUGUGUGAUGUUGUAUAGCAGUCAAGUGAAGAAACCCGAGGAGACGAAUCAUAUACACAUGUAUCGAACGUACGAUCUGAAAUACUGUCACAUGACAUGUCAAAUAUUAUGAUAUUGGUGUACAAGGUCAGUAAGGAACUGUUUGAAAUAUUACGUGAUACAAGUAUAGGGAUUCUUAACCUGAGAAAGGCUGAUUGUGCGUCAUUAGCAUCAGAGAUUCUUCACACACUCAGCAGGCUUACAAAGCUCUAUUUGUGUGGGACCUUUACGGAUCGAUGUGAUUUCAAGUUGCCUGCGUCAUUGCAGUCUAUAAGGCUUCCGAAAGUCGAAUGUUCAUCUGAGCGGCAAGAUAGCUUGUUGAUCACGCUCUCUUUAUUAGAUCUCCCUGUUAAGCGCUCUCUUUAUUAGAUCUUCCUGUUAAGUGGGAGCUGUGUGAUGUUGUAUUGCAGUCAAGUGAAGAAACCCGUGCAGACGAAUCACUACCACGUGUGUCGGAGUUGCGAUCUGAAAUAUUGUCACAUGACAUAUGCAAUAUUGAAAUAUUAGUGCACACAGGCAGUGUGUAACUGUUUGAAAUAGUAAGUGACACAAGUAUAGGGAUCCUUGACCGGAGAACGGCUGAUUGUGCCUCAUUAUCAUCAGAGAUUCUUCACGCGCUCAACAAACUAAAAAAGCUUUAUUUGUAGGAAACCAAAACAGGUUGAUGUUAUGUCAAGCUGCCUUCUUCAUUACAGUACAUAAGUCUGAAUGAAGGCGAAUGUUAAUCUGAGUGGCUUUGCAGCUUAUUGAUAACGCUAUCUGAAGUACGGCAUCAAGUUGAGUGUCACAUGUUUAAUUUUCUUGUAAAACCUAGCGAUACAGAAAAAGUUAUUGCGACUGACAUUAAUGAUGUUCGUCGUGACUUGUCAUUUGACUAUUGUAAUGUUGAACUGUACUUUAAAAACAAUUGUAGAUUCCCCUUUGAUCUGUUUUGUGGUACGACUAUAUUUGUACUUAUAUAAAUAUACUGUAAUAUUAAGUCAAGUGCAAUGCAUUUGGAACCGCCCUUAUUGAACUAUGCAGAUUUGUCGAAUGUUGAAUUGGAGAUUAUGAUCGAUUGCCUUGGGUUGUAUAAAAGGCUUCUCACAAUGCAUAUUACAUAAACCAGUCUUAACAUGACGCAAAUCGAGCACGCCGACAUGCUAUCACAUACACAUGACACAAGUCGGGCACGCCCACAUGCUGUCACAUACACAUGACACAAAUUGAGCACGCCGAAUGUUGUCACAGACACAUGACAUAAAUUGAGCACGCCGAAUGCUGUCAAAGACACAUGACACAAAUCGAGCACGCCGACAUGCUUUCACAGACACAUUACACAAAUUGAGCAUGCCGAAUGCUGUCACAGACACAUUACACAAAUUGAGCACGCCGAAUGUUGUCACAGACACAUUACACAAAUUGAGCACGCCGACAUGCUGUCACAGACACAUUACACUAAUUGAGCACGCCGAAUGUUGUCACAGACACAUAACACACAUUGAGUACGCCGAAUGCUGUCACAGACACAUUUCACAAAUUGAGCACGCCGACAUGCUGUUACAGACAUAUUACACAAAUUGAGCACGCCGAAUGCUGUCACAGACACAUUACACUAAUUGAGCACGCCGACAUGCUGUCACAGACACAUGACACAAAUUGAGCACGCCGACAUGCUGUCACAGACACAUGACACAAAUUGAUCACGCCGAAUGCUGUCACAGACACAUGACACAAAUUGAGCACGCCGAAUGUUGUCACAGACACAUUACACAAAUUGAGCACGUCGACAUGCUGUCACAUACACAUGACACAAAUCGAGCACGCCGAAUGCUGUCACAGACACAUUACACAAAUUGAGCACGCCGAAUGUUGUCACAGACACAUGACACAAAUUGAGCACGCCGAAUGUUGUCACAGACACAUGACACAAAUUGAGCACGCCGAAUGUUGUCACAGACACUGCCUCUGCUCACCCACUUGGAGCAGUUAAAGCUUUGUAUAAAAAGAACUUAUAUGGAGAUGAAACUACCGGGAAGAAUGUGUUUAUAAUUUACGCAACAUUUUCCCCAUCGUUGCAACAUUCGGUGCAGGCUAUGUCCACUUCAAAACAUAAUGUAAAUUGUAAACAGCUGUACCGUGUCGACGGCGAUGAACACGAAUAUACGAGAAUCAGAUAAGAAGUUAGUUACUGAUAUAUCUUUUAAUAUCAUGUUCAUGUGCCUCAUGAAACGAAUUUUGUUAGUUCAGGUUAGUUCAAAGUAUUAUUAUAUUAUUUCAAAUUUUCAUAUGUAGACAUAACAUAUGUACUUAACAAUAUAUUUGAUAUAAUGUUGUAAUUAAUAAGCUUCAUUAGAACUUGACGUAAUAACACAUAUCUAAUUACAUCUAUACUAUUGAUAGUUGUUAAUAUAAUAAUGCAUUAUUUAAUAAUACAUGUAUGCAUUGUUGCAGUGCAAUAUAUUAUUACUUUGUUUAAUCUCAAACUAUUUGCUUUGUUAACACUGUAUGCUUACUAUGUCCAAGUUGGCUUUUGGCCAUCUAGAUGUAUUGUUUAAUAAACUUAACUAUUGAACUAUUAUAGUGGACUGUAAAAAAGAAAACACGUAGCGUAACAAUACAAUAAGUCUGCAAGGUAAUAUAAUAUUAUUAAAGGUUUGUGUUAAAGUUGUAAUAGGUGCAUUAAUAGCUGUUAACAUAUAUAAUCACAUUCGUCUUUAACGUAUCUCUUCAUUUAAAAAAUGACCGUCUCUUCAACCGUCUUUGAGAGUGUGCGUAAAACUACGAAAGUUCGGUCUGAAUCAAAACAAAUAACAGUCCCAACACGUGGCCUUGGUUUCAAAAGUCUUUAUUCCUCUCGUUACAGCAUAUCUACUAACAUAAAUGCAUUUCUUAUGUAAGCAUGUUUAAAUAUCUACCACUUUAAUCUGGUUUAAACGAUAUGUGCGUUCAUUAGAGUGGAAUUGGUAAAUUGAUGUUACAGAUAAACAUUGGAAACAAGAAUUGAGAUUUUUCAUUUUGUCUUUAUAGGUUUGCUUUUUUUUUUAAACUAAGAUUUUUGGUGCAGAAUACCAUAUAAUAAUAUGCGGAGAAAGAACAGCUGAUCAAAAUGUCGUAUUACUGUUGUAAUACCAUAUGUUGUAAUACACAUACAGAAAUUCGUGGAGCAAAAUUGAGUUCAAGUUGUUAAAUACUGUCUCUGACGUUUUGCAAACCUAGUAAUAUACAUGAGACCAAAACUCUGUUUUUUCACUAUUUUAUUAGACAGCCCAUUUUGGAAAGAGGCGCGUUACAAUUACAACUACAACUAUAUAGUUAAACGUUGAAUGGGGUCAAGAAAAAAAAGAGCUUGAACAAACCAAAUGUCAUUUUCAUGUGCAGCUAUUCAUCAUUAUUUGUUAAAGAACAAAAAUCACUAUGCAGUUACUUCAAUACAUUCUUGUUGGGAUUUGUGUUAAAUUAUAUUUUAUGAUUAUAUGAGUUUAAUAAUGAUUGAAUGCCUUGUCGGGUUAUGGCGUAAGUUGAAUCUUUGAUAUGCGCUCGUGUUGAUGUUGCAUGUGAUAGUAGAAAGGUCAUAUAACGUUCACAAUGGCAUAAAUAUCCAUGACUACAAUCAUUAAAUAAACGAAAUUCCAAUG